UGAAGGCCCUGCCAAUCACCGUGUCCUUGCCGCCCACUUCCGGCAGGCUCCAGUGGCGCUACACUUUUCAGUUGUUUUUGUAAGCMGAGUCCAAACUGACACAAAUUAACAGGUCGUGUUUGUGGCAGUCUGUGAUGCUCGCAGGGAGGCGGGGCAGCAGAAACGUCGGACCGACGGUGGAAACAUGACUGCUGAGUAACAUUUUGUUACCUUUUUCUGCUCAGUAUGAACAGCGAGGAGGAAUUUUUCGACGCUCAGACAGGACUGGAGUCUGAUGAUUCCGGUGAGGUCAGUUUCAAAGAUGCCCUGGUGUUUGACAGCAACGAGGUGACCGAUGGCAGCAGCAAGCAGGAGAACGGGGUGUGGGAGCGCAGGAAAGCCCUGCCUGCAGAAACAAUCUCCAAGAACAAUUUCAGUGUGUGGAGCAUAUUGAAGAAAUGUGUUGGAAUGGAGCUUUCCAAAAUCGCGAUGCCAGUUGAGUUUAACGAGCCGCUGAGUUUUCUCCAGAGAAUCUCUGAGUACAUGGAGCACACUCACCUCAUCCACAAAGCCUGCAGCCUGUCGGACGCCGUCGACCGCAUGCAGGUUGUUGCUGCGUUUGCUGUUUCCGCUGUAGCAUCUCAAUGGGAGAGAACUAGAAAGCCAUUUAAUCCUCUGCUGGGGGAAACGUAUGAACUCAUAAGGGAGGAUGAAGGAUACAGAUUGAUCUCUGAGCAGGUGAGCCAUCAUCCCCCCGUCAGUGCCUUCCACGCUGAGUCUCUGAAGCAGGAGUUUGAGUUUCAUGGCUCCGUCUGCCCAAAGCUGAAGUUCUGGGGUAAAAGUGUUGAAGCUGAGCCUCAAGGCACAAUGACGCUGGAGUUAUUAAAACAUAAAGAAGCGUACACCUGGACGAAUCCAAUGUGCUGCGUCCAUAACAUCAUUUUGGGGAAACUCUGGAUCGAACAAUACGGAACAGUGGAAAUAGUCAACCACAGCACUGGAGAUAAAUGCAUCUUGAACUUUAAACCCUGUGGGAUGUUUGGAAGAGAUCUUCACAAAGUCGAAGGAUUUAUCCAAGACGGAAGUAAGAACAAGAGACACGUCAUCUACGGGAAGUGGACGGAGAGCAUGUACAGCAUCGACCCCAGCCUUUCUGAAACAAAGAAGGCAGAGAAGACGACGGGCAGCGACCCACAGGAAGAGGGAUGUAGCUAUGCAGUGGAGGAGGACGAUGAAUUUCCAGAAGGUCAGGAUACGGUGAUUGUGAUACCAGGAAGUGCCUUACUGUGGAGGAUAACGCCUCAGCCCAGUCACUCUGCGCAGAUGUAUAACUUCACCAGCUUUGCUGUGACGCUGAACGAGCUGGAGCCCGGCAUGGAGAGGCUGCUGCCGCCAACGGACUGCCGGCUGAGGCCCGACAUUAGAGCCAUGGAACAUGGAGACAUGGACUUGGCUAGUGCAGAGAAGGAGCGAUUAGAGGAAAAACAGAGGAAGGCUCGCAGAGAACGAUCAGCGGGUGAAGAGGAGUGGUCGACCAGGUGGUUCCGAAUGGUAACAAACCCUUUCACCGGAGCAGAGGACUGGCAGUACACAGGCGGAUACUUUGACAGGAAGUACACAGACUGUCCCAACAUUUACUGAUGCACAAAAAAAGAAAGAAACUCUGUGUUUCUGGAAAAUGUUCACUUUAUUUCUCUGCAUCUCAAAUCUCUGCGACUUGAAAACCGGGCAGGUUACUCAGACCGGCACUGUGUCUCUGUUGGAGCAAACCGUUAAGCGACUGUGAACGUGCUCUGCGGGAGAGUUUUAGAGAAACGUUGACGUCAGACAUCUUCAUCGUCAUUUACCCUAAACGCUCGUCAUUUAAGGGUUUUAAACCAGCCAGAGGCGGGAGCUCUGCAAACACAAACGAGCUGCAGAAGCGUUUUAGUUCACUUCAUGUUGCAUUUAAAUAUCAGGGAUUAUUUAAACACAUCCUCAACUUUUAUAUAACCGACUCUGAAAUUAGAUGUCUAUUUUAUUCAGCACUACGUAUCUUUAAAAUGUCACAAGUGUUUCUGUGAAUAGAGAUUUAAAAAAAAAAAAAACAAGCUGCUUUUAACCAUGUUUAUGUUUAUCGUAAGCGAAUAUUGUCGGUACAAAUAUAUAGUUGUGUGUAGAGAACAAAAAAAUAUAAAAAUACAAUGGUGCUUGCAUGUUCACCAAGAUGCUAAUAGACAAGUUAGAGCCAUAAAAUAAUGAUUUCCUGCACUGAGUAUAGAAACAUUUAUGGACAAACUCUGAGUUUGACACUGUGGCUGCCUCUCACCUUUAUGCUCUGAAAAACACAACAGAAAAAAACUAAGUGUCAGAAAUCCAGUUAAGAAAACUAAAUGAUUAUUAAGCUUCUUCUCCUUCUUCCACUUUUAAACGUGGAGCUGUGGAGCCCCCUACAGGACAAAUUAAAAAAUAUAUUUUGCAUUCUCUCACGACAAAUGAGCAAACACACCCUGGUCUAUUUUUUAUACGAAAACAUUCUUAGAUCUUUGCUGCAAUUUUUUUUUUAAUGAAUCUAUUACUGUGUGUUUAUGUUUGUUUGUAAACCAAUCAGACGACCAGUAUGAAAAAGACACAAUCAAAACAUUCAGAUGACUUUGUGAAAAUAACUCGAAAAAUAGUCCAAAUGGUUUAGAUGUAUUUUUCUUUCCUCCGUAGAGAAAGUUUGUUUAUUUCUUAGAAGGGAUGGAAAACCCAUGUUUGAGCUGCUUUGCUUUCUUACAUUACAGCAGAAAAUAUUUCAGUAUUAAAUUGUGUACAUUAUUUCAAAGGAAAAAAAGUCCCCCUUGUCCCUUAGGGGGCUCCGUACGAAGCAGAAUAUUGGCAUGGAUGUGUUUGGUUUUUUUUUUGUGGAAAAUUUAAGCUAAUUGCACCUUUAAAAUGAUGCCAAACUGUCUCUUAGUUGAAACUCAACAAAAGCGUCAAAAGAAAAGGGAAAUGUUGCUCUGAGAGCGUCUGUGUGCUCUGGAUAAAUGCUGGGUUUCAAAAGGAGAGGCGCAGCCCUGCAUGACGGAGAGCUUUAAGUUUCCGUGUGGAAGCCUGCGCUUCGUUUUCAGCCUCGCCUCGUGACCCCGGGACGCUGCAGACACCGUGAACCUAUGCAAACCGAUCCAUCCUCUCCGCCCUCCUGAAAUGUGAACCCUCAAACUCUUAAUUUCCCCUUCAGAUACACCGAGUGCUGAAAGUAAAACACUAAAUAAGUAGAUGCUGCAGCUGAUUUCUGUUGCUGUUGAGCAUAAAAGCUGCACAUUUGAGCGCUCACAGUCCUAUGCACUUAUAUGUACAGUGAGAGUUCUCCCUUUGCUCUGAUUUUUAAAGCACUUUCGAAGCCUGCAGGUUCAAUCUGACGGAUAUUUUCAUCCUUUUACCCCUGUGUCUCUUUACUUUGUCGAUAAUGUUUACAUUGUUCGUUCUUUUCCUCCGCUCUUCAUACUGUUACCCAAAACCAUAUGCAUACAAGCAUAUUUAAAUAAUAAAUUAUGGACUACAAAAUGAA